UCCUACUGAUUUGUACAAGUUUAAUGGACGCAGUUUGCAAACGGCCGGCCGCAGGUGGAGGAUUUAACUCCGCUUCAUAUAAAAGCGUUCAGACGAACUUUCAAUUCAUUCCAUCCCAACUUAAGAGGAGGGGAAAUCGUCAGUACAAUUUCACAGGCUGUCCGUUAGAUCAACAAAAUGAGGUUGAUAACAUUAGUGAGCGCGGUGGUAUUGCUUCAUGCAGUAGCUGCUACACAUUACCGAGGUGGAACUUUUUAUUGGGAGAAAUUAAGUGAAUCAAAGAUUAAAGUGUACUGGCGAAUGGCCUUUCAACUGAUCGGUUACUAUCCGGAGUACUACUGCACCCACAUUGGUCAGGAGCUUGUAGCUGAGACUUUACUUGCGCUUGAAUGUAAUGACUGUCCUCAAAUUAAGAACAUUCUGAGUCCACUCAGUAUGGAGUGCGCCUCCAUCAGUCAGGAAAUGGGUUGGAGUAUACUCAAAGGAUCCACAAUCUUCCAAGCAGAUGUUCCGAUCUUUCAAAUGAUUUACCACACAACAGGACCAUGCACUGAUAGUAGUUGGGUAAAACUUGAAAAUUACGGACCAGGAAGAUGCUGGUCUCUUCUCACAGAUGUCGAUACCACAAUUGAAAACAAUUCUCCGAGAAUAACGGCUGGCCUUCCAGUCUACCGAGUUCGCCAAGGCUGCAAGAGAGUCAUUGAUUUAAGUCCAACGGAUCCUGACAUCUCCGAUACUAUUAGAUGUCGAUGGGCUAAUUCUUCAGCUUUAGAGUGCCCAAUGAAACGUAGUGCCUCCGAUUUGACUCCAGUUUGUGAUCAACCAACAGAAAUUACAUAUUUGGAUAAAGAGCGUUGCACUAUCCAAUUUGAAACUGGUGAAGAUGAUCUUCCAGGUUGGUACGGAGCCUCUGUCAUGAUUGAAGAUUUCUCAACACCAGAAAGCAAGAUAGCCAAGAGUACCGUUCCUUAUCAAUUUCUUCUCGACGUGACACAGCCUGGAUCUUGCAUUGGUCCCGUGAUUCAGGUAGACGAGUGUACAGUAAUUGCUCCUGGUGAAAGUUACCGUGGCAAAGUUAUCGCCUAUAUUCCUCCUGGAAGUGACGGUAACAUAAUUACUGAAAUCCAAGGAAGCUGGCCCGAUGAGAUGACGUUUGAAUACACUAAACACCCGCCCUCAACCAGAGUCCAAGCUAUUGUCACAUUUAGCGCAUGGAAGGAGGGAACAUACGCCUUCAGUUUCACAGCUACUGAUGAUAACGGCGUGCAAAACGAUCCAAAGACAGGAAGAAUUGUUGUCACUGUACAAGAGAAGGUUGUGCUUGACGAAAUUACACCACCACAAGUGUUGCCAGAGUUGUCUUACCCCACCGCAGCCGAACCAUUGGAUCUAGAACGAAGCGAAUGGCAUCUCACAUUUGACCAAAAGGUAUCUAGACCAAAGGGACGCAAGAGAAUUAAUGUCAUUGAUGUCUCAACCCGCCGAACCAUUGCUUCGUACGAUGCAUCCAAACCCAAGCAGGUUCGAUUUAAGAAGGAACUGACUGAAACCGUUUACUUUAAUGCACCAACAAACUUGAAGGAUGGACAAAUGUACUACGUUGAGGUUGAGAAAGGUUUUGCAGAAAUUUCCGUCAACGAUGCUUGCUUCAAGAGCGCAACAAAAGCCAGCGACGAAGCUGGACUCUUCUUUCACACUCCUAAACCAAAAGAACCAGUUGUUGAUUGUGGCGAUCACGAGAUUACCUUCUACCUCCCAAGAUACAAAGUUGAUGAUAUGGAACCAUCUAUGUUCCACCUCCACGAUCCAAGAUGCAAGGCCAAACAUUUGAAUGACACCUUCAUGGUGAUAUCGUUCGGAUACGACGAGUGCGGCACCCUUAUCAAGAACAAAGGCACAAAAGAGACCAGAUUCUACAACACCCUCAGAGAUGACCCUGAGCCAUACGAACCAAAUUCACCUAUCUCACGAAAGAAGCGGCGAUUCGAGAUGAAGAUCAAGUGCGUAAUUACAGGAAUUGGUGUUUCCGACAUCUUCUACGAUCCUGACACGGUCGUCAAACCAACGAAACACAGAGGACUGGGACGCAUGAAGUCUCACCUGACACUCUACGAAGACUCUUCAUACAGCAGCGCUUACAAAGUGAAGGCUAACCCAGAUGUUGCUCUCAACCAAUCAUUGUAUUUCUCUGUUAAAGCAGUUGACGAGUCAAAGGAACUUCAAAUUAUGAGGUGUUUUGCAUUCGCAAGGGACAGAACUUGCAGCAAGUUUGAUGCUAAGUACGAAUUUGUUACCGACGGAUGUCCGGUUGAUGAUACUGUUGAGAUGCAAUACAGCCAUUUAGAAUACGAAAAACGUUUCAGUAUCUCUGCUUUUGCCUUCCUCAACUUCGGAUACGAUGACAAUGUUAUUGUGAAAUGCAGCGCAGUAACCUGCAAGAGGAACGACCGCCAAUCCGCCUGCGCUCAAUUGGAAGCGCAACGAAGAAGCUGCGUUAACUCUAGAGGGCGUAGAGCAAUGCCCAUUGAAAAGCAAGCAACUGACGAAUACCUUGAGACGUUGCUUCCCAUCAACCUCGUCUAAGGCUCAACGAAAACGUUUCAAACGUAAUACAACAUUUCCAAACAAAUAUCAAUGAUUUCUGACGUUAUAUAAUAGAUUCCCGAUUAAUGCGUUUCCUUUAUCAUUUAAAUUUCAAAUUGAGCAACAAAAAACCAAUAGCAUUUGUAUAAAGAGGGGAUGUGGAAUGAGAUAGAAAAACGAAAAAGUUUAUCAAUGUUGGCGUUGCUAUCGGAAAGUUAUUCUAAAAUGAUAGCCUACAAAACAAACUUCCUCACAACUGUCACAGGUUGUUUCACUUUGAACAACUGUUUAUGUUGUACUAUAAUGUUCUGAUACUCGAUAUUUAUAAAUAAAAUUAUACUGACAAUAAUUCUGCAAAAUGUGAAUGCACGUCUUAUUUAUUUCAAAUAUAUGAAUAAAAUUGAUAUUGCAGCCACUAUA